UCUGAAUCUCCCGGACUGGGCCGGUGGCGUCCGCCGUCCAGGCAGAGUCUAGAGCACAAUGGGAGGAGUAGCAUCUGCCUGAUCAGCUGCAGUGCCUUCAUGGAAUCUUGCCCCUCAUCAGGCUGUGCCAUGGGGAUAGCCAGAGAAACCAUAGACCAAGUGGUUGAAGGUGCCAGCCUGUCUGUUAGCAUGGAGACUGGCUCAGAGGACACUUGCUGGGGUGGGCAGAUUGAUACAACCUUGGAUGUGGUGACCUCAACAGGAGUUUGUUUGAGUGAGACAGACACAGCUGUUGCUCCCAACAUGGAAAGUUGUCUACAGGAGAAGUGGCCAGGGCAGCAGAGCCCCUGCUGCAAGAAGAGAGGAUGGGAGGGAGCAGAAGGCGAGCCUCUCCCUAAGCAGCUUAAGAAGCAGCAAACUGAAGAGACAGAGCAUCAGGAAGCCCUUGGUGAGUUCCAUGCAUCAACAGCCAUGGCCAUUGCUUAUCCUGAAGAUGUAUCACCACCUCUGCCACUGAUACAGAAACCUACCCGUGGCCGGAAGCCCAAACAGAGAGCAGAGGUUUGCAGAGGCCCUGCUCCUCAGGAGCCCAGAGUUCAAGGCGAGGUCCCUGGGCCUUCGGAGAAUGGACCUUCCCUGCCUGUGAAAGUGCCGAAGAAGCGAGGGCGCAAGUCCAAGGCAGAGCUGCUCCUACUGAAGCUGUCUCAGGGACUGGAGUGCCAGUCAUCAGAACCUCUUCACCAGCAGAAGUCACUGGCCAGUGAUGAGAGCCCUGACUGCCUGGAUGUCACUCCUGGGGGGCGCCCAAAGCGCCGGGCUGCUAAAGUAGCCCUUCUGUACCUGCAGGAACUGGCUGAGGAGUUGACAUCUGCAUAUCAGCCUCCCACUCAUGGGACCUCAGAGAGCCCACUUAGGCCCGAGGAGCCCAGCAAGAAGCGACGAGGUCGGAAGCCACAUGAGCAGAAGCUGGAGAACGAUGAAGAUGCAGACUUUGUCCCCCCGGAAGAAGGGCUUGUGCAGGCAGAGGAGGAGGAAGAGGAGGAGAGUGAGCUGUUGCUGAGUGAGGCAUCCGAGUCUGAGCUGGAGCACAGCCCACGAGGAGCUGUGCGAUCCAAGGCUCAGUGCCGAGGAUUUGCCUCCAAUGGCUUGCACAACUCCAUCAUGGCUCCUGUCUGGCAAUCUCUCAGGGUCACCCAUCACGUGCGUGAACAAGUUCACUCUCACUGGGAGUUUCCAGAGUGGGUUCCCUCAGCUCGGAAGUGGGUCUUUUUGUCAGAGAGUGAAGUGAAUGAAUUCCUCCCUGGGGAAACCAAAUCUCCACUCUUCUCCAUCAAGCGGGAAGGUCUGCAAGAAGACAGCAGCGUUCUCUACCGGAUUAACAGGUUUAAUGCCUUGCAGCCUCAUGAGGAACGCCUAGACAUGACUUUCUUCGUUGGAGGACCCAUCUGGGCCAUGGAGUGGUGUCCAACUCCUGAAGGCUCCAUGGCAUCCCAGUAUGUGGCCAUCUCCUGCAACCAAGGCAUGGAUGAUCGACACAGUUUGGUGGGAAUUCAUACAGGGCCAGCUCUGCUUCAGCUCUGGGAGCUAGGACCCAUUCUACAAGACACAGGGUCUACUACCAAGCCAGUACUGGCUUAUGCCAUUGCCACUAGCCAUGGCUGCAUUUGGGAUAUGAAGUUCUGCCCAAGUGGAGGUUGGGAGCUCCCUGCCUCCCGACACAAGUCUUUCCAAAUGAGCCGGCUGGGACUGCUGGCUGUGGCUUUCUCUGAUGGCAAGGUGCUGGUGUACAGCCUUCCGCAUGGCCAGGACUUGCAUGCAUACAGGAGAGCCCAGGUAACAGAUGGGCCAUCCCCACGGCAUGCUAUCUGCAAGGUGCAGUGUGUGGCCACCUUGCAAGUGGGAUCCAUCCAGGCAGGGAGCCCCUCCGAAUGUGGGCAGUGUUUCAGCUUGGCAUGGAUGCCCACCAAGCCUCACCAUCACUUGGCAGCCGGCUUCUAUGAUGGAACUGUGGCUCUGUGGAACCUCUCCAACAAGUCCUUGCUGCAGCGAGUCCGCCUGCCUGAUGGCUCCCUCAAACUGUACCCAUUUCACUGCUUCCUUGCCCACGAUCAUGCCGUGCGAAACAUCCAGUGGUGCAAGGCAAACAGCAAUUUCAUGGUGACAGCAGGGAAUGACCGCAAGAUCAAAUUUUGGGACCUGCGCCGGCUGCAUGAGCCCAUCAACAGCAUCAAGCGUUUCUUGAGCACAGAAAUUGCCUGGCUGCUGCCUUACAGUGGGAUCACAGUUGCACAGGACAACUGCUAUGCCUCGUAUGGCCUCUGUGGGAUCCACUACCUGGAUGCUGGCUAUUUGGGCUUCCGGGCCUAUUUUGUGGCCCCUCGCAAAGGCACUGUAUGGAGCAUCUCUGGAUCUGAUUGGCUGAACUCUAUCGCUGCUGGAGACUCCACAGGGGAGCUGGUGGCUGCGAUGAUGCCUGACCUGUCAAUCAACCCACACAAUGUUAAACGCCCCUCUGAACGCCGAUUUCCUAUCUACAAAGCAGACCUACUGCCCUGUGGCCCAGUCAGCACCGAUGCAAGGACGGAAGCUGGUGAGAAGCCCCCUGUGGAGGGCAGAACGUACAGUGAGUCAGUGGCCCGGAACUACAUCCGCUUUCAGGAUACUGACUUGAGGAGCUUUAAGGGCUUCUUUAGGAGAAAGACCCGGAAGCAAACACCAGUGCAAGAAGUAAAAGAAGGGGACAGCCUAGGCCGAUUGCAGCUGGAAGCAGUACACAAGGUUCGCUUCAGCCCCAACCUCGACUGUCACAGCUGGCUGGUGUCCGGGGGCCAGUCUGGCAUCGUGCGUGUGCAUUGCCUUCGCGCAUUGGCUUCACCCCCAAGCCACAAACUCUUUCUUGAGUGCCAGGCCCAAUUCAGCUCCAUGUUCCAUACAGAGGGCCAGGCCGAUGGCCCUGGAGGCAGUCCAGCUGGGGUGUACACUGCCGUCAGCUGAGCAGCACCUGGGACCCCACAAUCGUUUUUGGCAUCAGCACACAUCACCAAGUGAUUCAGGCAUCCUGUGAUAUAUCUGGAGCCAUGAUGGUAUCUGCAGAACAUUAGCAGCUGGCUGUAUCCUGGCUUGAACUCUGUGGGUCAGCCAACUCGAGAAUGGACAGGCUAGAGAGAAGCACAAGGGGAGGCGGCUCAGACAGCCACUCUGACUGCUGCAAGUCCUCCAGCAGCCAGCAGGGUUUGCCCCAUGAACUCUGGGCAGGUCCUAAGGCCCAUCCUUAGCAGGGCCUCUCCACCAGUCUGAGGGUUGUGUUAUCCCUAGCUGGAGGCCAGGCUGUCUUUUGGAUGCGAGGUGCCAGGCUAUGAAGGAAGGGGGUUUCCAUCUCCCUUUGGCUGGCCCAGCAGAAUAGUGCUCUGUGUCCCCUCUCCCUGCUUGAGCCUGCCAGUGAUGAGGAUAGGUUGGCAGGGAAGCUUGCCACUUUCCAAAGGCCCAGAGUAGCUCUGAGUAUCACACCAGGAGGAGCCAGCUUGUAGUCCCCCCACCCCCAGCAGCCUCUUUGGGGCCACAUCCUUGCUCACAUUGAGCUGUUUUCUUGUUUUAACUGUUAGUAAA